UGGAAACAUUGCUGACACAGUACUGCGAGUCUCCGAUAGGUACAUAAUUUUAUUGAGUGUAGGUUUAGCGCGCGCGGAAGUCACACGUACGUUCGUUUGUAAAAUAUUUUAGUGUUUUGUGACGUAAAAUCUAAUUUCAAGUGAAAUGGCUCCCGUUUCUAAUACAGUCGUCGGCAUUGACGACGAUCAACGUUUUGCUUUAAUGAAGUUUCGUAGGAGCGUUAAAGACAUCUUAAAACCAGAGCACGGUGAUCACUUUUUACUACGUUGGCUGAGAGCAAGACAAUGGAACCCGGAAGCUGCAGAAAAAAUGCUCAGAGAUUCAAUGAAGUGGCGCGAAAAAUGGGGAGUCGAUACAACACUUGCAUCAUGGCAGGCACCGGAAGUUUUGGAAACUCACUUUCCAAGCGGCAGUACUGGUUUUGACAAAGAAGGGUCACCAGUGAUAAUAGUCCCGUUCAUCGGUCUGGAUAUAUGGGGGUUGCUGCAUUCUGUUUCGCGAUCAGAUCUUAUACGUAUGAUUAUACGUCACUUAGAAAACUACCUCGCUAUCGCACGGAAGCAGACGAUCACUCACGGACCAAAUGCUUCAAAGAUGACUGUAAUCUUCGAUCUGGAGGGGUUCAACAUACGUCAGUACGCUUGGAAACCCGCAGCUGAAUUGGUAUUUACAUUAUUGCAGAUAUAUGAGGCAAACUAUCCCGAAAUAUUAAAAAUUUGUUUCAUCGUUAACGCUCCAAAAGUCUUCUCACUAGCAUUUUCCGUUGUCAAGAAGUUCAUGCACGAAUACACAAUAUCGAAGAUUCGUAUUUUCGGAAGCGACGCUAAGAAAUGGCAGGAGCAAAUUUUAACAGUGAUUGAUAAAGAUCAGCUGCCGGUACACUUCGGAGGCACCAUGGUGGAUGAAAACGGUGACCCGAGGUGUAGUACUCUUGUAAAACCAGGCGGAAAAGUGCCCAAAAAAUAUUAUGCGCGGAAUGUAGCAGCCGAAAGUACAAAGGAAUAUACCAAAGUAACUGUUAAAACAGGAGAGAAACACAUUGUUGAUUUAUUGUGUUCGGAAGAUGACAGCGUUUUAAAGUGGGAGUUUGGUGUAGACAGUCACGACAUAAAAUUCUCGAUAUUGAAGAAAGAUGAGGACGGUAACGAGAGUAUUGUGCAUGGACCGAGGAAAGUGUCGGAGGGCCCUGUCGAUGUAGGAGUGUUGCCAGUCAGUGGACCCGCGACCUAUUCUGUGGUAUUCGACAACAAAAGUUCAUUCCUACGAAACAAAAAGAUCUACUAUGAUAUAUUGAUAACGAUACCUACAAGAGAUCUUAAUAUAAACGACAGUCCCGAAGAAAUUAAAACUGAUGAGGCUUAAAGCAAUAGAACAAGGACAAAAAAAAUUUAAAAAUAUAUUUUAUUGUCUAUGAUAAUGACAGUUAUAGUAUAUAGAUUUUAAAAAAUGUAUUGAUGAGUAGUACAACUAUUUACUGGGUAGAAUAAAUAUUUUUUGCUAUUCUUUUGUUCUAAGCGAUGUAAAUUGUUAAAACAUCACAAAGUUUUUAGCCUUCCAUAAUAUAAUGGUAAAAAAGGACCUGGAAGGAAUUAAAAAACAAAUCCACCGUUGGGUAGAGCAAAAAGGUCCCUUCAAUUUUUGUAUGUUGAUAAAAUGAUGAAGUUUUAGCUGUAUGUAUAUCGCAAAUAUUAUGUAUACGAUUCCCUCGAUGCGCGAGUCUGACUUGCGCUUAAAUUUAAAUAUGUAGUUAAGUACACCACGUACAAAAUAAUGGCCUUUAUUGGGUAUGAUUGUUUGAAUAUUAUUAAAAAAAAAAAUUAUGCUUGACUACGCAAACUUCAAUACAACCGUAUUUUAGUAGGAAUUCAUCAAUGUCAAUCUUUAUCUUUACAAAGAUUAAACAUAGUCAACUAA